AUGUGGGUUCUUGAUUCGAGCGGUGACUUCCUAGAAGGGAAGCGCGUAUGGCUGCGCCCCGGAAAGAAGUAUUUAUUCGGUCGAUUCCAACGAGAUGGAGUCCGCCAUGCCGUCAAUCACAAUUCGAUCUCUCGCAAGCAUAUGACCAUCGAGAUUGCCGCCGUCAAGCCGAAGGAUGGAUUGUCACCACGAGCACGAUCCGAUAUCACCAUAACCGACCUGCAGUCCAAGAAGGGAACCAUCGUCGAUGACAAGAGGAUCGAAGGCGAACGCAAACUUGAAAAGGCCGAUGAGCAUAUCAUCCAACUGGCCAAAUACCAACACACGCUUCGUAUCAAAUGGGAGCCAGUAGUAUUAAGCUUCUCCUUCUCUUCUAGAGAGAUGCGAGCGAGUGAUCCCCUGGUCCAUGUGCGUUCACGCUUGGAAGACCUCGAUAUCAAGACCGUCAUUGAUUAUCUCGUCGACCACACUACUCAUGUGGUACAGAGUAAACGAAACACAGCCAAGGGUCUCCAAGCUCUUGUGAAUGGAAAGUACAUUGUGAAUGAUUCAUACAUUGAUGCUGUCGUCUACGCGGCCACGCCCAGUGAUCUCGAGAACUUGGAGUCUCUCUGUCCUCUCGAAAUCGACUUCGAAUCAUCAUGGCCAGAUCCAAGGGAGUACCUGCCGCCUGCCGGCAAAGAGCCCAUCAACCGACCCGCCUCGGCUUUCGCGCCAAAUCCCGCCCGUCUCACUGUCUUCGAGGGCUAUACAUUCGUGUUCGGUGAUCGAUCGCAGUUUGACAAUCUCCAGGCACCCAUCAACAAUGGUCAAGGUAAGGCUCUUCUAUACGAGGUGGAAAAUGGAGUGACAACGGCUGCGGAGAUUGUCCGCUUCAUGAAAAAGUCAGCACGAGGAAAUGGCGUGGGUAGCGAGCGUCGAGGCUCCGGUGGUGUCGUUCUUGUUCGAUUCAGAGCACCAGGCGGGCAUGAGCCCUGGUCGAUUGAAAUUGGAAACGAGGUGGCUUUGAUGACCGAUCAACGUGUCAUCGAACAACGAGAGUUUCUCGAUGCCAUCCUCAAUAACGAUGCCUCCUCCCUCUGUCGUCCAUUGCCUACAGAGGAAGCGUCCAGCCAGGUAUCCCCACCUAUUGCUCCCGAACCUGAACUGCCGAGUGAGCAAGAGGUAGCCAAUACUUCAUCGGUCUCACCACCUGAGCUUGAGCCUAGCCAGCCCAGCCAACCAUCGAGAUCUCGGGGUAGAACUCCUCGCGUACGCCCCUAUGUCAGUAAAAUGAAGACAUUUGACGAUGGAUUUGACAUGGACUCAAUUCCAAUGUAUGCUGCGGAGGGAGAGGGCAAUGCCGACACUCAAGUCAUGGAUAUGGACACUCAAGAACCGGAGCAGCCAACUCAGCCCCUGGACCCGGUAAAGGAAGAAGCCGAAGAAGACGUGGUCUCCGAUCUGCUCCCAGGGGCCCGCGCGAUGAAGCGUCGUCGUGCAGAGAUGACUCACGGCCGGAAAGAGGAGCAGACAGCAGCCGAAACGGAAACGCCUAAACGAAAACGCCCCAAGCUCGAUGUCUUAGAAGCCGCCCGGAAGCACCUUGAAGAGGAGCAACAGCGCAAGGCGGAAGAAGAUUCACACCCAGCCGAGAUGGGCGACGUCGACGUCGGUCAGUUGAAAAACCUCGCGAUUGUCGAAGAGAUGGACAUUCCAGUUCGAACACCGCCCACGCGAGUAGAAGACACGACUGACCGUUGGGAAGCGCAAUGGAAUGGACGCAAGAAUUUCAAGAAGUUUCGGCGAAAGGGUGAACCCCGUAGUCGCACGGUGCAGACGGUCAUUGUUCCCCUUGAAGAAGUGACGCGCAAGGACUUUGGAAUCGGUGAUCACUAUUGGAGUCGCAAUUCCCCUGAAAGAGCCGAGCCAGAUCGAUCUGUCGAGAGUCCAAUGGUCCCGUCCGAGCUAUUGGCCAUACACGCAUCGCCUGAAGCCACUGCAGAUCCAACUCCAGUUUCUCGGAAGAGAGCGCGUGAGGAGCGAGACUCGGACAGCGAUGAUGGACUCCGGUUCCGGUUCAGGCGCAAGCGAUAG